AUGGAGCAAAUAUGUCCUUUUAACACUCCAACGCACAGUAUGAACACUCCAGUGAGUUCGAAUUUAACAAUAAAUUAUAGUUAUCCAGUAAAUUAUCUGAAAUCAUCACCAUACUAUGAAAAUGAAUAUUCAGAGCAAUAUGUAGAUGUAAACAAUACCAACAUUUCUGAACAAGAAAAUUAUCGAAAUCAAAAUUACCAUCCACAAGAAUAUCUGUGUAUAGUCCAGAGAAAUUUAGAAUGGAUUGAUGCCAAUAGAGACGGGAUGUUUUUUAACGAAAAUAUGAAUUACGGGAAUAAUUAUUUUCAAUAUAAAGGAAACGAUGAUUAUAAUCAAAAUGGAGGACAACAUGCUAACGACAGUGAUGGAUAUUUAGACGAAAACUUGGAUAUUAAUUCAUAUUCAGACGACUCAAGAGAUAUCAAAGAUGCAGAUUUUAUCACUAAACCUCGUAAAGAAAGAACAGCCUUUACAAAAAACCAAAUUAGGGAACUAGAAAAAGAGUUUGUUCAUUCAAAUUAUUUAACUCGUUUGAGGAGAUAUGAAAUUGCUGUAGCUCUGGACUUAACCGAAAGACAAGUUAAAGUAUGGUUUCAAAACAGAAGGAUGAAGUGGAAGAGAAAUAAAUCUGGAGAGAGGCAAAAUAAAGGCAAACAUUUGAAAUCAGUUUCAUAA